GUCCAUCAAUGGCAUCCAUUGUGAAGGAAGGAUGGCUCCAAAAAAGAGGUGAAUACAUAAGGAACUGGAGACGAAGAUAUUUUGUUCUAAAAACAGAUGGAUCUUUUCUUGGUUAUAAAGAUAAACCUGAUCCAGACAAUCAUCAAGAACCGCUCAAUAACUUUAGUGUUUUAAAAUCCCAGGUCAUGAGGAAAGACCAGCAACGUGAAAACGCAUUUGUGUUCGUUGUACGAUGUUUACAAUGGACCACUAUCAUUGAACGUACCUUCACAUCCACAUCAAAAGUUGACAGAGAAGAAUGGAUGAAAGCCAUUGAAGGAGUCAGUGAUCAACUUCAGCAUUCUCCGGAGGAAAAAAGUGUCACAGAAGAUGAGUCAAAGAAGACAUCCGAUCACAAAGUGCAACCUGAAAAUGAAUUCAUCAAACCAGCCAAGAGCAACAAGACCUUGACUGACUUCGAGUUCUUAGAAGUUCUUGGAAAAGGAACUUUUGGUAAAGUAAUUCUCGUAAAAGAGAAGAAAACCGAAGAAUUUCACGCCAUGAAAAUUUUGAAGAAAGAAGUUAUUGUUGCUAAGGAUGAAGUCACACACACACUCACUGAAAACCGAGUUCUACAGCAGACCAGGCAUCCAUUUUUAACGUCGUUAAAAUACUCAUUUCAAACCAAUGACUACUUAUGCUUUGUUAUGGAGUAUGUGAAUGGUGGAGAGAUUUUCUUCCAUUUAUCACGGGAUCGUGUGUUCAGUGAAGACAGAGCAAGAUUCUACGGAGCAGAAAUAAUUUUGGCUCUUGAUUAUUUGCAUCAACAAGAAGUUAUUUACAGAGAUCUUAAACUAGAAAACUUGUUGUUGGACAGUGAAGGACAUAUCAAGAUUACAGAUUUUGGGUUAUGUAAGGAAGAGAUUAGAUUUGGAACAACAACUAAAACAUUCUGUGGAACACCAGAAUACCUUGCACCAGAGGUCCUUGAAGAUAAUGAUUACGGUCGGUCAGUGGAUUGGUGGGGGCUUGGUGUAGUGAUGUAUGAGAUGAUGUGUGGUAGACUUCCAUUCUAUAAUCGGGAUCAUGAUGUUCUAUUUGAACUUAUUCUCAUGGAUGACCUGAGGUUUCCAUCAGGUUUAUCAAAAGAAGGCAAAAGUUUGUUAUCAGAACUACUGAACAAGGAUCCCUUGAAAAGAUUGGGUAGUAGUCAAAGUGAUGCACAAGAAGUAAUGGCUCACAGAUUCUUCUCAGCUGUUGUUUGGAAAGAUAUCUUGGAGAAAAAGGUUCCCCCACCUUUCAAACCUCAAGUUUCCUCCAUAACUGACACGCGAUAUUUUGACAAAGAAUUCACUGCACAACCUGUUCAACUAACACCACCUGAUCAGUCAUCGUCCAUGGAUGACACCAACCGACCUCAUUUCGAGGCGUUCUCUUACUCCUCUAGUGGCAGCCACUUAGAUAAGGGGAGCAGAAACCAUCGAUAAAAGGAAACAGAAGCCAACAAUAUGUGACCUCUGAUCGGUGAAGCGUGGUGUCCAUUUGCAGCCUUGUUAUCAUUACCAUUAUCAAGGGUGGGGACAUUAUUGUUGUAACCAGUAUAUAUGCUAUGUUAAUCUGGUAGAGCAGAUGUGUGCCGUUUGCCCUCAAUCAUUUAAAAAUCAAGUUUUCUUUAAAUAUAUCCGCCGACAAUAAUGGGUGCAUUGCAUGUAGCUUUCAUCGGACUGUAUCCUCGUGGUUUUCGCCCACGGAGAUUUCUAAAGCGCAAUGACGCUACCAGAGCUACCCUUGCCCUUAAAGUUGCUGUAUGUAAUUAUUCUUGCUCGAUCCGUCGAAUUUAGUAAUUUUUCAUUCAUUAUCCACUGAUUAGUAACGUUGAAAAUAUGUGACGUUAUCAUACGUCAAAUGCGACGUCGCCCUACGUCAUAUUCGACGAUAGGAAUGUCUGUUUCGAUAUAUCAGUGCAAGUUUUUUUAUUCUACGAUCGAUCGUGCUUUCUUUUCACAUGAGCAUUUAUAUCUUGUAUUCUACAUCACUGAGUAGAAGAAACCAAAUAGCAAAUUGCUCUCGCAUGUUUUGCACACCGCAUCUACAACACUUAAUUCGAAUCAACGUUCACCAAUGAUGCGUAUUAUCUCCACACUCGAUUCGGCUGGUGCUUGAAUUCAAACAUUACCCGCACCGUGUUCAACAUACUUUAAUUUAUCGCUGUAUCUUUCAAAUUUCAUACCUAUGUCACAAUUUUAAUUAAUCCUUGUGUUACUUCAUAACGAAAUGUUUUUUUACACGCUGCUCCUUCCUAGCCGCUAGAGGGAGCAAGAUAUCUUUCCUUUCCGCAUGGUUUUUCCCACGACGUAGAAACUUCUUACCGUGGUCCCACCACUCCAGAUAUAUAUGUAUGUACAGCACGCAACACCGAUAUACGGCAAAAUAAUAAAGUUGGAACUUUGUCGCUU